AUGGAAGAAAUCAAAACUGAACGUGAAAGGUUGAAUAACAUUACUGCAAGAAAAAAGAAGAGAACGACAGAUGUUGACUACACAGCUCAAGCUGUGGAUUUACUGUGUCAGCUGGAUGAAAAUUUAAUACACAAUGAAAACCGUGGGAUUAAUAGGACUAAUGGUGAUGAAGAUCUGUCCUUCGUAACAAUUGACAAGAUCAAGUUAGAUAAAAUAAGUAAAAUUGAGCUGUUGGUUAAUGUGGAUGUUAAGUCACUGUACACAGUUAUUCCACAUGGUAUUGAAGUUGAGUGGGUAUUGUACAUGUUGUCCAAAGACAUUGAAUGCACUAUAGGGGAAGUGGAGUACAUUUCAGGAAAGGUGUUCUUUACUACUAAUGCUGCCUUAAGCCAGCUGCUGAAACUGAAAUCUGCAGAACGUCUAUUUUUGCUUUUGAAGAAGAAGCCUCCAUGCACUGUAUCAAGAAGCAAAGGAAAAGGACUGAAUGACAUUCAAAAAUAUGUGAUUGGUGAGCCUUCCACAUGGUUGAAGACCGUCUCCAUUUGGCAGAAUAUUAACAAACACAUAACAGAAUAUGAAGUUGCACCACAUAAACGCUCAGAAUGUACAAAGCGGAAGCUAGUCAGAAUGGAAAAUGCUGUACCUUUAUGUAAAAGAACUAAACAAGGUCAGACAGUAGAUGAUAUUCUGUCUGUAGCUCCUGAUAAGUCCCAGCUUCAGGACUCCAGUGAAAAUAUUGUUUCAAAAUCAAUUGUAGAAAGGGGAGGAAACUGUGGCCAGUAUACUACUGAUGUUUCAGCAACAGGAAAACUUCAAGAUGAAAAACAGUCCUUGGAUUUUUUAAGUACAAAGCAGACUGUACAGUUCAGGGUUUCAUGUCGAAACAGUGGCGAGAUUGCAAAAAGAUUUACAGCACAGGACAUAGGCAGAAUAAUUGGAAUAAUGCUUACCAAGCAGUUUGGAUGGAAAGCAGAGCUGAGAAGUCCUGAUCUUGAGAUCUUUGUACACCUGAAUGACAUCCAUUGUUUGGUGGGGAUACCUUUACUGAGAAUGCCUUUAGCUAGUCGGAGAUACAUUAAAACAACAGGACUGCGAUCUACAGUGGCCUGGGCUAUGGCUUUCCUUGCAGAUAUACAUGCCAAUGCAAAUGUGUUGGAUCCAAUGUGUGGAUUGGGAAUCAUACUGGUUGAAGCUGCAAGAGAAUGGACAGAUGCAUAUUACCUGGGCAUUGACAUUGAUGAGUCACGGCUACAUGGUGCAAUGGUUAAUCUGAAGACUGCAGAACUGGAAGAGAAAGUCAAUUUAUUAAAAGCUUCUGUGACAGAACUGCCUUUGCAAACAGAAAGCAUUGAUGUUAUAAUUUGUGACAUACCCUUUGGAAAAAAGUUUAAGAGUUCAGUGGACAUGCGGGAGAUGUUACCACAUAUCAUUAAUGAAAUGGAGAGAGUACUGUGCAGGGACGGAACACUUGUGCUGCUGCUCAGUUGGGAACUAUCACGACAUAUUGAUGAAUGUUUUUGUACCAGCACUACCUGCAGUUAUAAAAAGUUGCCAGAUGAUAUCUCUUUGGCAUCAACAAUGGAAGAAUUUGAACUGAAAGAACAGCACAAAGAUACAGAAAAUUUGUCAGUUCAAACUAGUGCAAUAACGGAAUCAAGUAACUGUGAAAAUAAAAAGCACUGCUCUUUGGUGGCAGAUGGAAUUUAUAGAGUCAGCCUUGGCAUGACAGAUGCUUUCAUACAUAAAUAUAAAAAAUGUUCCAAUAAAUUUAUUUUAUAAAA